CCGAGGGUGCCCAUGACAGCUCCUCAGCUGCCCCAGGUGGCAGCACCCUCCUCGGGUUUCCACCCAGCCAUGCCAGGGCCCAGCCCAGAUGCUCCAGGGAGCCGGGGGCAGGCGCACAGGGCUGGAGGGGGGCGAAAGGGCUGGGGCCUCACCAGGCUCGGAGCUUGGGACCAGCCAGCCCCACCAGACCAUGGGGAGUGGGGACGGGAAAGCAACCAGAGACGCCAGCACCAGCACUGAGGAGGACAAGGUCUGGAGAAAGGUGUGGGAGGGGCGCUGGAAAGUCAUCCCCCAUGACGUGCUUCCCGACUGGCUGAAGGACAACGACUUCCUUCUGCACGGGCACCGGCCGCCCAUGCCCUCCUUCCGCGCCUGCUUCCGCAGCAUCUUCCGCCUGCACACGGAGACCGGCAACAUCUGGACGCACCUCAUCGGCUUCAUCUUCUUCCUCGCCUUGGGCAUCGGCUACAUGUUCAGCCCCAACAUGAACUACGUGGCCCCCGUGCAGGAGCGUGUCGUCUUCGGGACCUUCUUCCUGGGAGCCAACCUCUGCCUCUGCUUCUCCUGGCUCUUCCACACGGUGUACUGCCACUCCGAGAGGGUGUCCCGCGCCUUCUCCAAGCUGGAUUACUCAGGCAUCACCUUGCUGAUCGUGGGCAGCUUCGUGCCCUGGCUGUACUACUUCUCCUCCUACUCCCCGCCCCAGCCCCAGCUCAUCUGCCUCGUCAUCGUCUGCGCGCUGGGCAUCACGGCCAUCACCGUGUCCCAGUCGGACCGCUUCUCCACGCCCCAGUACCGCGCUGUGCGGGCAGGUGGGCGGCUGGCCCGGGCGGCGAGGACGGGGCAGAUUGGCUGGCUCUUCCUCAUGGCGCUGCUCUACAUCCUGGGCGCGGCGCUGUACGCCGCCCGCGUGCCCGAGCGCUUCUUCCCCGGCAAGUGCGACAUCUGGUUCCACUCCCACCAGAUCUUCCACGUGCUGGUGGUGGCAGGCGCCUGCGUCCAUCUCCACGGGGUCUCCCAGCUCCAGGCCUUCCGCUCCUCGCUGGGGGGCACCUGCAGCCAGAGCACUGUGCUGUGAGCACUCUGCCCCGAGGCGCCAGACCCCACCCCCACGCCAGGCCGCCGGAUCCAACCCACAGGCCGUGGCUGAGCACCUGCUCCUGCCCUGGGGGCGUGGCCUCAGAGGCCACCCAAGGAGUGCUGCCACUGAGGGGCGUGGCCUCUGGCACCAAGCACCCAAUCGCAGCGCUGGAUUCAGGGCCUGACACACGGACCAAUCCCGUCCUCCAGCAGCUAAUCACAGGACAGAGCGCGGGACCUCAGGUGACCACCAGCCCAUUGGCCCACCAGGAGGGUGGCCUGGGACACCGACCAACCAAUGACAGAGUAGUGAUGUCAUAGCCCCACUGGCCAAUGGCCCCGCACAGCAGCGACCCAAGACUCUGACCAGCCAUUCACACCGCAGGGGGCGUGGCCUCAGAAACCGACCAACCACUUCACACCAUGGAGUUGGGACCAAUUGCACUGACCAAUCACAACCUGGGAGGCGUGGCCUACGGCAACCAGCUCAAGGCCACGGGGGCGUGGC